CGGGAGCCCAGCAUUGACCUGCUGCAGGCCUUCGUGGAGCACUGGAAGGGCAUCACACAUUACUACAUCGAGAGCACAGAUGAAAAUACCCCAGUCAAGAAAACAGAUAUCCCCUGGCGGCUGAAGCAGAUGCUGGACAUCCUGGUGUAUGAGGAGCGGCAGCAGGCGACUGCAGGCGAGGCGGGGCCCUGCCUGGAGUACCUGCUGCAGCACAAGAUCCUAGAGACCCUGUGCACCCUGGGCCAGGCUGAGUACCCCCCAGGCAUGCGGCAGCAGGUGUUCCAGUUCUUCAGCAAAGUUCUGGCCCAGGUGCAACACCCCCUGCUGCAUUACCUCAGUGUCCACAGGCCUGUGCAGAAACUUCUCCGACUCGGGACAGUUCCUGGGUCACUGACAGAAAAGGAGGAGGUGCAAUUCACCACCGUCCUCUGCUCUAAGAUCCAGCAGGAUCCAGAGUUGCUCGCCUACAUCCUAGAAGGUAAAAAGAUAGGUAGGAAGAAGGCAUCCAGAGAACCCAUCACCCUGCCGAAAGAUGCAGCCAGCCACAGGGACAAGGACCACUCCCACAACAGCGUGCCUGCCAAGGGUCUCCAGCUGGAUGGGGAGCCCUGUGGGGCGCAGACCUUGAACAUCCUCCUGCCUGCCGGGACUGCAGAGCCAGAUGUUGGGACUGGGGAGAGCAACCUGGUCACCUCCUUGCUUGGGCUGUGCAGGAGCAAGAAGAGUCGAGUGGCCCUGAAGGCCCAGGAGAACCUGCUGCUUCUAGUAAGUGUGGCCUCCCAGGCAGCGGCUACUUACCUGGUACAGAGUAGCCCAUGUUGCCUCGCGAUCGCCGAGCAACUCUGCCAGCUCUACCGGUCCAUGCCUUCCUGCCUCGACCCUGCAGAUAUUGCCGCGCUGGAGGGCAUCAGCUGGAGGUUACCCAGUGCCCCAUCUGAUGAGGCUUCUUUCCCUGGCAAGGAGGCCCUGGCAGCCUUCUUGGGCUGGUUUGAUUACUGCGAUCACCUUACCACAGAGGCACAUGUGGUGGUUGCAGAUGCCUUGGCGAAGGCCGUGGCUGAGAAGUUAUUCGUGGAGACCCUACAGCCCCAGCUUCUCCACUUGUCCGAGCAGAGCAUCCUGACCUCCACUGCCCUCCUCACAGCUAUGCUGCGCCAGCUUCGCUCUCCUGCACUGCUGAGGGAGUCUGUGACCUUCCUCCUGGGCACAGACUGGCAGCCUGAAGCUCCCGAAGACAACCCUGGCACACUGUGCACGCACCUCAUCGGGCACUGUGACCACCUCUCUGAUGAGAUCAGCAUCGCCACACUGCGGCUGUUUGAGGAGCUGCUCCAGAAGCCCCACGAGUGGAUCAUCCGCAGCCUGAUCCUGCGCAACCUCGAGGGCCGCCCCUACGUGGCCCGCAGCUCACCCGAGCCUGAGAACUAUGAGGACACCCUAGAUCUGGAGGAGGACCCCUACUUCACAGAUGGCUUCCUUGAUACCAGCUUUCAGCCCCCUGCAAAGCCUCGCCCGGCUCCGGCCCCCAAUUCUGAUGGCAAAACGGCAGUGACCGAGAUCGUCAACAGUUUCCUGUGCCUCGUCCCUGAGGAAGCUAAGACCUCCACUUUCCUGGAGGAGACAGGCUAUGAUACCUACGUCCAUGAUGCUUAUGGCCUGUUCCAGGAGUGUCGCUCCCGUGUUGCCCCCUGGGGCUGGCCUCUCGCCCCCACACCCUUGGACCCCCAUGAGCCUGAACGGCCUUUCUUCGAGGGUCACUUCCUCCGAGUGCUGUUUGACCGCAUGUCCAGGAUUCUGGAUCAGCCAUACAGCCUGAACCUGCAGGUGACCUCCGUCCUGUCCCGGCUCGCCCUCUUCCCCCACCCCUAUAUCCAUGAGUACCUUCUGGAUCCCUACAUCAACCUGGCCCCUGGCUGUAGGAGCCUGUUCUCUGUGCUUGUCAGGGUGAUCGGGGACCUGAUGCAGAGAAUUCAGAGGGUACCCCAGUUCCCAGGCAAACUCCUUCUAGUGCGCAAGCAGCUGAUGGGCCAGGUCCCUGGGGAGCAGCUGGACCACCAGACCCUCCUUCAGGGCGUGGUAGUGCUGGAGGAAUUCUGCAAGGAGCUGGCUGCCAUUGCCUUCGUCAAGUUCCCCCCACAUGGUCCUCACCGGAACCUCUCCCCAGCCCCGGAAGGGCAAGUGUGAGCCAGGAGCAAGGCAGCGGGGGACUCCGAUCAGCACCUCUGCCCCAGAGCUGCCGCCGCCUGGCGCUUCUGCCUGCCUGGCACUGCCGCCACACUGUCCUCCUGGGGUGGGGCCUUCAGCUCCCCUGCUCACUCGAGGAGACCUGGUGUGUUGACAACACCA